AGUCAGAGCAGGAGGAGGAAAACCAGACUGACUGAAGAUGAGUGGUUUGGAGGAAGAGGAGGGCAGGGCAGAGUCUCCAGGAUCCAGCUGUCUGUCUAUGAAGAGUGAUUGGUCCAAAGGUUUUCCUCCAGACUUCAGUAAUGAAGCGUCAGACUCAAAAGGUCAGCAGCACAGACACACAGCAGAGUCUUCAGUAUCCAGCUGUCUGUCUAUAAAGAGUGAUGAGUCCAAAGGUCUUCCUCCAUUCUUCAGUGAUGAACCUGGACCCCAGUGUGGAGAAAGAUCCAGAACCAGAGCUGGACUGAAGACAGCCAGUCAGAGCAGCUGUGUACAAACAGAUCCUGGUCUGCAGGAGGUUUUAGAGGAACAUAAGAUCAGUCUGAGGAGGAGAUGUGAACGUGUGACUGAAGGAAGUGAUGAAACAGGAAGUAGAACCCUCCUGAACACGAUCUACACUGAGCUCUACAUCACAGAGGGACAGAGUGAAGAGCUUCAUACCCAACAUGAGGUGAGGCAGCUGGAGACAGCUUCCAAGAAGAAGACCCUCCAUGACACUCCAAUCAGGUGCCACGACAUCUUUAAAGCCUUCCCUGACCAACAGAGACCCAUCAGAGUGGUUCUGACCAAUGGCGUCGCUGGUGUUGGAAAAACCUUCUCAGUGCAGAAGUUCACUCUGGACUGGGCAGAGGGCUCGGAGAACCAACAUGUCAGUGUGGUGAUUCUGCUUUCAUUCAGGGAGCUGAACCUGAUCCCAGAUCAGCGGUACAGUCUUCUGGAGCUGCUCCAUGUUUUCCAUCCAACAUUACAGAAGGUCCCAGCAGAGAAGCUCGCUGUCUGUAAACUUCUGUUCAUCUUUGACGGCCUGGAUGAAAGCAGACUUUCACUGGAUUUCACCAACAGGAAGCUCGUGUCUGAUGUCACACAGAAGUCAUCAGUCAAUGUGCUGCUGACAAACCUCAUCGAGGGGAAUCUGCUUCCCUCGGCUCUCAUGUGGAUAACUUCCCGACCUGCAGCAGCCAAUCAGAUCCCUCCUAAUCAUGUCCACAGGUUCACUGAAGUACAAGGCUUCACUGAUGCCCAGAAGGAGGAGUACUUCAGGAGGAGAUUCAGCGAUGAAGAGCUGUCCAGCAGAAUCAUCUCCCACAUGAAGACAUCCAGGAGCCUCCACAUCAUGUGUAGAAUCCCAGUCUUCUGCUGGAUCACUGCUACAGUUCUGGAGCACAUGUUGACUACAGAGCAGGGAGGAGAGCUGCCCAAGACCCUGACUGACAUGUACUCACACUUCCUGCUGGUUCAGACAAAAAGGAAGAAGAACAAGUACCAUGAGGGACAUGAGACGAGUCCACAGGAGCUGAUGGAGACUGACAGGGAAGUUCUUCUGAAGCUGGGGAGGCUGGCAUUUGAACAUCUGCAGAAAGGAAACAUCAUGUUUUAUCAAGAAGACCUGGAGCAGUGUGGUCUGGAUGUGACAGAGGCCUCGGUGUACUCAGGAGUUUGUACAGAGAUCUUCAAAAGAGAGUGUGUGAUCUUCCAGAAACCAGUCUACUGCUUUGUUCAUCUGAGCAUUCAGGAGUUUCUGGCUGCAGUCUACAUGUUCCACUGUUUCACCAAUAGGAAGACAAAGGUGAUGGAUGAAUUCCUGGGGAACAUUUUAAAAGAAAAAAAGCACAGUGACUCAAACCCAACAUCAUUCAAAGAGAAGAUCUUUAGGUUCUUCGGAUUCACUGAUCAGAAUUCAGUGAUCACUGAUUAUCAAGUUAAAGCUCAGUGUUUCCAAUUUCUGGACGUGUUUCUGAGCAGAGUCAUGGAGAAAUCCUUCAAGAGUAAAAACGGCCACCUCGACCUGUUUGUUCGCUUCCUUCAUGGCCUCUCUCUGGAGUCCAACCAGAGACUCUUAGGAGGUCUGCUGGGUCAGACAGAGAACAGCCCAGAAAUCAUCCAGAGAGCCAUCAACAACCUGAAGGAGAUGAACAGUGAUCAAAUCUCUCCUGAUAGAAGCAUCAACAUCUUCCACUGUCUGAUGGAGAUGAAGGACCUCUCAGUACAUCAGGAGAUCCAAGAGUUCCUGAAGUCAGAGAACAGAUCAAUGAAGGAGCUCUCUGAGAUCCAGUGCUCAGCUCUGGCCUACAUGCUGCAGAUGUCAGAGGAGGUUCUGGAUGAGUUGUACCUGCAGAAGUACAACACAUCAGUGGAGGGACGAUGGAGACUGAUCCCAGCUGUGAGGAACUGCAGGAAGGCUGAACUUUCUAACUGUGGACUCUCAGAGACUCACUGUGAAGUUGUAGCUUCUGCUCUGAAGUCCACCCCCUCCCAUCUGACAGAUCUGGACCUGAGUAAAAACAAGCUGCAGGGUUCAGGAGUGAAGCUGUUGUCUGCUGGAUUAAAGAGUCCAAACUGUAAACUGGAGACUCUGAGCUUGAGGAUCUGCAGCCUGUCAGAGAUCAGCUGUGUGUCUCUGAGCUCAGCUCUGAAGUCCAACCCCUCCCAUCUGAGAGAGCUGGACCUGAGUUUCAACAAGCUGCAGGAUUCAGGAGUGAAGCAGCUGUGUGGUUUUCUGGAGAGUCCAGAAUGUAGACUGCAGACUCUGAGAUUGGAGAGCUGCAGCCUGUCAGAGAUCAGCUGUGUGUCUCUGAGCUCAGCUCUGAAGUCCAACCCCUCCCAUCUGAGAGAGUUAGACCUGAGUGACAACAAGCUGCAGGAUUCAGGAGUGAAGCAGCUGUGUGGUUUUCUGGAGAGUCCAGAAUGUAGACUGCAGACUCUGAGUUUGUAUAAAUGCAGUUUGACAAAGAUCAGCUGUUCAUCUUUGGCUGUAGCUCUGAAGUCCAACCCCUUCCAUCUGACAACUCUGUACCUGAAUGGAAACGACCUGCAGAGAUCAGCUGUGAAGCAGCUGUCUGAUCUUGUGGAGAGUCCACACUGUAGUCUAAAGGAUCUGUUCUGGUGUUGAUGAUCUUUGUCCUGAUGAGAGUGAGCAGGACGGUGUGUGUGCUGAGAGAGGAUGAGCUGUGUCCUGAUGAUCCAGAGUCCUCCAUCAUCCCCGUGUGUUCCUCUGGAUCUUCUGAUGAACUUUGUGUCUCCAUUAAAGGACAAAGAAAAGUUAGCUGUAUUUCUGUACAGAAAAUAAGUUUGAUCAUAUUUUUUCUUUCUUAUUAUAAUCGUCUGUAUGUGAUUUGAAUAGAACUUGGUUGUUUGUCCAAAUGCUGAGGUCUGUAACUUUCUCAAUAUUGGACCAGUGAACAGUGGAAAUGUGUCAGUUAUUGCAUCUCUCACCUGUCACUCUGGAGAACAACAUGAACUAAGUGUGCAACAAGUUUAAGGUCAUUAAGUCCAGCUUGGAGAACAUUCAAAGAAGAUUUGAGGCUUUCAUGGUUAAUUGGGGCUGAGAGCGUAGAGGUAAGAGCCAGGACAUCUUUAAUGUGAAGAUCUCUGA